UUGUAUAAGCACGAAUGUAAACAUUAUCAAGACCCGACACCUCGCCUAAGAUUCAGCUCUCAAAGUCUAUUUAUCAUUUUUAGAUGUGCGUCUCUGAUUUUGAUUUACACCUUAAUUUCUCCUUUUUCCCCUAAUUUUUCGACUUCUUCGUUGAUCCAGCCGAUUUCAUGGGGUCUAUGUCCCAUCCAACGGUCUCCAUCUGUCUCCAACUCACUCUUCUUCAACUUUAAACAAGAUCUCCAUAGAUUUAUCGUUUCUCCAAGCCAAAAUGAGGGUGGCAAAGUCUCAGGUAUGGCAGCCUUGCAAGAAGAAGAGGUCUUGAUCGAUAGUCAAUAACCUCCUUACUCAUUAGGGAGAAGAAGAAUUGUAAAUAUUAAUAUUUUUCAAUAAUUACAAAAAAGAAAAAUAUAUUAUUGGAUCGCGAUUGUGAGCGAGAUGGCUUCUCGCACGAGUGGAACUAGGACACGUGUGGGGAAGUACGAGCUGGGAAGGACUCUCGGAGAAGGAAGCUUUGCGAAGGUGAAGUUUGCUAAGAAUUUUGAAACAGGAGAGAAUGUUGCUAUUAAAAUUCUUGACAAAGACAAAGUCCUCAAGCAUAAGAUGAUCGCUCAGAUUAAACGUGAAAUAUCAACUAUGAAGCUAAUUAAACACCCAAAUGUCAUCCGGAUGUAUGAGGUGAUGGCAAGCAAGACAAAAAUAUACAUUGUUAUAGAAUUCGUGACUGGUGGUGAACUUUUUGACAAAAUUGCAAGUAAAGGGAGAUUGAAAGAAGAUGAAGCUAGGAAGUAUUUUCAGCAGUUAAUUAAUGCUGUGGAUUACUGUCAUAGUAGAAGUGUUUAUCAUAGAGACCUAAAGCCAGAAAAUUUACUGCUAGAUGCUAAUGGAGUUCUUAAAGUUUCAGAUUUUGGACUGAGUGCUCUACCACAGCAAGUUAGAGAAGAUGGUUUACUUCACACAACAUGUGGGACACCUAAUUAUGUUGCUCCCGAGGUGAUCAAUAAUAAAGGCUAUGAUGGAGCUAAGGCAGAUCUAUGGUCGUGUGGUGUGAUACUUUUUGUCUUAAUGGCUGGUUACUUGCCUUUUGAAGAAUCCAAUCUCAUGGCUCUGUAUAAAAAGAUAUUCAAGGCUGACUUCAAGUGUCCUCCUUGGUUCUCGACAAGUGCAAAGAAACUAAUCACUAGAAUCUUGGACCCUAAUCCCAUGACGCGGAUAACAAUAGCCGAGGUUAUUGAGAAUGAGUGGUUUAAGAAGGGGUAUAAGCCACCUACUUUUGAACAACCUGCUGUUAGUCUUGAUGAUGUGGAUGCUAUCUUUAAUGAAUCGGUGGAUUCUCAAAACUUUGUUGUGGAGAGACGAGAAGAAGGACCUGUUGCCCCUGUGACAAUGAAUGCGUUUGAGCUCAUCUCCACAUCUCAGGGUCUCAACCUCAGUACCCUUUUUGAAAAGCAAAUGGGACUUGUUAAACGGGAAACAAGAUUUACGUCCAAAUGUUCUGCUAAUGAAAUUCUAGCAAAAAUUGAGGAAACUGCAACACCCUUGGGUUUCGAUGUGAAGAAAAAUAACUUCAAGAUGAAGCUUCACGGGGAAAAAACUGGACGAAAGGGUCAUUUAUCUGUUGCAACAGAGGUCUUUCAGGUUGCCCCUUCACUCUAUAUGGUUGAGCUUCGAAAGUCUGGAGGCGAUACUCUAGAAUUUCACAAGUUCUAUAAGAAUCUCUCCACUGGGCUGAAAGAUAUUGUCUGGAAGUCAGGAGAUGAAACAAUUGAGGAAGGAUCCGCUGAUGCUGGCUCUGCGUCUUCUCAGUAACAGGUUUCCGUUGGCUAUAUUCAUUACAUGCGGGUCCUUUUUAUUUAAAACUCAAAAUAUCAGUUAUUCAACCAAUGAUAUCUGGCUUGCCCUGUUGUAUCUGUAGCUUUGUAUUCACCUCAUAAAUGUUCUUCCUUCACAUGAGCUUGUUUUUCAUUUACCUUUGGCUUGGUGUGGUUUAUAUGCUAAAUGUAUAAUUGCAAUACACCAUUUACAAAUACACGCACAUAUGCGCUCAAUAAAGGAAUUUGUCUUUCAAUCUUUGAUCUGUUAA